CUCACUUAAUGAUAAUGUAAUGGUAUAUUGGUUAUUUUAGUUAACCAAUUAACCAGACCGAUUAAACUUUAGUUUGGUUAAUUUGGUUGUUGUAUUAGUUUGGACAAUUUGAUUAUGAUAUUGUAUUUCAUAAUUAAUAAAAUUUAUCCUUAUUUAGUUCGAUAAUUACCAUGGUAACCACUAGAACGGAGGUUGAGAUCUCAUGGAAGCCCCCACCUCCCGAGUGGGUUACUCUCAAUUUAGACGGCUCCGUCAUUCCUGAGUCAGGUCAUGCAGCUGCAGGUGGCCUGAUUCGAGAUCACACAGGAUGCUGCCUUGCAGCAUUCGCUUGUAACUUGGGUGUUUGUUCUAUAACCUGAGUAGAAUUGAGAGGCGCUGUUGAAGGUCUUCAGCUGGCCUGGGAGCGGGGUUUUCGACGGAUUCGGGUAGAGCUCGAUUCACAAUGUGCGGUUCAGCUGCUACAGAACCCAGAUCGCACAGAUCACCACCAUGCUGCCAUCAUCGACCGUUUUUAGGAUUUGCUUGCCCGUGAUUGGGAAGUUUCUAUCUACCACAUUUACGGGGAGGGAGAUAAGUGUGUGGAUGCUCUAGCUAGCCAGGGUCACUCUCUACCUUUGGGUUUUCAUCUUGUUCUAGUUUCAGAUCCUGUACUAUCCUUUUGUAUCUUGUAUGACUGUCAAGGCAUUUCUGAGCCUCGUCCUGUUGUAAAUGAAAGCUGGGAUGCAUCGCAUCCAUUUAUAAAAAAAAAACUCUGAUCAAUGUAUGGUUUCCGUAUCAAAUAUCAAUACGUUGUGAAAUGGGCUUCAAGCCCGAAAGUCAUUGGGCUGCGGAGGAAUGAAUUUGUAGACAACGGCCCGUCUCUCUCCGACGACUGUCUCGGCUUCCUCAGGACAAGAAUUCAAAUUUUUGGCGAAGGCGAAGACGAAGGAAAGGGAAAUAAAAUGGAUGAAUGAAAGGAACUAACCAACGGGAAAUUUUUCGCCGACUAGAUUAAUAACGAUAUAAAAGCCAAGAGAAAAAUUCCUCAAAUUCUUUUCCGAAGCUCCUCUUCAGUACGCUCUACUUUGCUCUUCGAUCGACCGAGCGACUUUGGCUUUGAGUCUUCCUUGCUUGCUUCACAACCUAGCAAAACCCUAAUUAAGAUCAAGCUCACCUGCCUCCUCCAGAUUAACCCUAAUUGCUUGAUUCCGGCCGCCCCGUCGAUUCCAUGCCGGCGGCGGCUUUGGAUAUCGGCUCCAGGAUGACUACUCCCCGCGACGCCGCCGACAACCUCUUCGGUCCCGGCCUCAGUUUCGAUUUCGGCCCGAUCCCUUCCGCGGAUCCCAAAAGCUUGUUUGCUUCCGGUGGCGGUGGUGGUGCAAGUCAGUUGGAGAGUGAUUUGGCGACGAAGAACAGCUCGGGUGUUGGUGCUGCUGAAUCGGGGCGGACCCGGCCCAGGCUGGUGAAGGUAAGGAGGCAAAUCAAUGGGCGGGCCAAGGUGGCGUCCAAUGGUACGGGGUUUAACCCGUUCAGUAGUUCCGAUGCGAUUUCUGCGAAAGAUGUGUCGAAUGGGAUUGAUUGUUCGAGUUCAAGUACGAGUGCGGGUUAUGUGUUUGUAGCUCCUCAAUCCAGCUGGAAUGAUGCUCUGAAGUUUAAUUAUGGGGAGAAGGAAGAAGACUCCGGUUGUGAAAUGAAGCCUAUUAGAUGUGAGAACGCGAGUUCUGUGUCUGAAGCUGCCGAGAAGAAGCAAGCAAAUGAUGGGGAUAAAUUUGAUGGCGGUUUUGAUUUCCUCAACUUAGGGUCUCAAGGUUCUGGGUUCGUUUUCGGAACUGCAAAGGCUCAGUCUGGCAACAUGGUUUUUCCCGCUGCAAAUUUUGUUUUUAGCAAGGAUUCCUUGGAUCCAGCAUCGAGUUCGAACGGGCAAAAUAAUCAAUCUGCUGAGACUCCCCAAACUUCAGCUUCAGAUGAUUCAGCAGGGAUUAGACCUGCGAAUGUAGCAGGAUAUACCAUUUCUAUUGGCGAUGGAGUGUUUCCAUCUGAUACUAGUAGUGAGAAAGCUUCCACAUCAUAUGGAUGCACAGUUAGAAACGUUAGGAAUGAGGAACAGGUGAGUGGUGUAUCUUUCCAACCCCUCAGUGGUAAAGCAUCAUAUAAGGAUGUUGAAAAUUCAGAUAGUGCUGUUAGAAUGAAUCCUGUGGCUGAUCUCCCGGAUAAACUGGAAAAGUUGAACAUUGAUGAAUCCAAGGGUCUUGAUGGUGCCGAUAAGAAUCCAUGUACAAAUGACGUUCCUUCUUUUGCAUUCAAAAGUGGGAAAGUUGCUAUGUCUUCUUCUGCUAGUUGUGUGAAUGCUAAUAUUCAUGAAGGGAAUCCAGCAGAGGCUGCAGGUGUUGAGGAUACUGACAGUGAAAAUUUAGGAUUAUACAAAGAGCAGAAUCAUGGGAUGUCUGGUGCUUCAACUGGCUGUCCUAUUUCUGAUUCUUUCACUGUGCCGUCAGGAAUCACAAGUACCGCUUUUGAAGGUGGAUUAGAGCAGGAUCAAGUUAAUGGUGUUGCAGAGUUAAGCCAAGCUGGUACAAAAUCUUCAGUGUCAUGGGUCGGAAUCGGCUCUGGUGAUUCAGAGGCAGCUGGUGUUAUGCCUGAAAGAGGUGAAAAUUAUUCAUGUUCUACAAGUGCUUCUGAGGGCUUAGAGGUCCCAGUUACAGAAUUCAGAACACCAGAAUGGGAUCCUUCUUGUUUGAAAGCAAGCUUAUUUCCUGAAUUGAAUAAUAAACCGAGUCCUACUUCAAAGACUAGAUUGAGAAGGGAUAAGAAGUCGAAGCCAACUAAGGGGAGGAUGAAGCAUCCAUCCCAGAAUAUUCUCUUCUCUAAGGAAGGUCAUUUGAAAAACGGGGAUAGCCCCCAAGUGAAUAUGAAAUCCCCACAAACUUACUCGCCCAUGGAUUUUUCACCAUAUGAUGGCAAUGCAACAGGAAGGCAAUAUUCUUUGAGGGAUCCGGUAGAAUCAAAUGACUGUGACAAACACUCAACCGUCAAUGCUGCUGGACAUGGAGUAGGAGUAAAUAACUGCCAAGAUCAUGGUAAAUCGCUAGCGGAAAAUGCAGGGAUUUAUGGUUUUCAUUCUGAAAGGUGUUUUCCGUCAACUGAUUUUUCUUUGGGGAUGGGAAUGAGCCUCACUGGUUCGACUUCUGAGCCAGCCCAUAGUAACAGCAGUAGUUGCUUGGUUCCAGGCAGUUUAAACAUGGACAACAGUAGUCAGCAGGCUCAGUUUUGUUUUGCUUCUGAAUCAGAGGAAACGAAAAUAGCAAGAUUCUCAUUUUCUGCUGGGUGUUCCGCGAGUGGUUUACUAGAAAAGAAGCAUCGAUAUAGAAAGAAAAAUGGGAGGAAAACCAGUGGAUCAAUUGGCAAUUCAACAAGUCCGAAUGCCAAGUCUCGUUCAUCUUCUGUUCAGAAUUUUACCCAUGACACAACGACCUCAUCCUUUGACAGUACACAAGACAGAACUGGACAUUUGUCUUCCCAAGGUAUCACGGGGAACGAGUCCGAGUUCAGGGAUCAUUUAUCACGGCCUUUUGUACCGCCCACUGUUGCGAUUGUUGGAGCAUGCGAAGCAUGGCGACUCAGGGGAAAUCAAGCUUAUAGGGAUGGGGAGCUCUCAAGGGCAGAGGAUUUCUACUCACAAGGGAUAAAUUCUGUGCCUUCGUCUGAGUUGUUAGCGUGCCUUGAGCCUCUUGUUAUUUGCUAUAGCAACCGUGCAGCGGCACGGAUGUCCCUUGGAAACAUCAGGGAAGCGUUGCAAGACUGUUUGAUGGCUGCUUCUUUGGAUCCCAGCUUUCUCAAAGUUCAAAUAAGAGCUGCCAAUUGUUAUCUUUUGCUGGGAGAAGUUGAAGAUGCUCUGCUGUGUUUCAAUAAAUGCCUGGAAACUAGCAAUGGUGUUUGUUUGGAUAGAAGAAUCACUAUAGAAGCAGCUGAGGGGGUGCAUAAGGCUAAGAAAGUUGCUGACUGUAUAGAUCGUUCCAAUGAGCUAUUGGAACAAAAAACACCUGAUACUUCAUCUACUGCACUAGAGAGCAUUGAUGACGCUUUAUCAAUUAGUCCAUACUCGGAAAGGUUGCUAGAAAUGAAAGCAGAAUUUAUGUUCAAGUUAAGGAAAUAUGAAGAGGUGAUUAAGUUUUGUGAGCAGACUCUCCCUGCUGGUGAAACAAAAAUCGAUGGCUUUGGCAAUGAUAGCCAAUCAGUCAAUACUAUAAGCUCUCAAAGUCAAAGCUGUUCUGUCUCAAGGCUAUGGAGGUGGCGAUCAAUAUCAAAAUCCUACUUCAAUUUGGGGAAGCUUGAUGAUGCUGUUGAUUUACUUGGGAAGAUAGAGAAGAUGGGACCCUUCAGCGACAAAUAUGCAAGUCGGCUAUUCGAGUCAUCAAUCUCAGUUUUAGCCACCAUUCGUGAUCUAUUGCAGCAUAAGACUGCAGGGAAUGAAGCAUUCCGGUCUGGAAAUUACAAAGAAGCAGUCGAGCAGUAUUCAGCUGCUUUAUCAAGCAACAUUGAAUCACGCCCCUUUGCUGCUAUCUGUUUCUGUAACCGUGCUGCUGCAUACCAAGCUAUGGGUCAGAUAGCUGAUGCCAUUGCGGACUGCAGUCUGUCAGUAGCCCUUGAUGGAAAUUACUCGAAGGCGGUUUCAAGAAGAGCCACUUUGCACGAGAUGAUCAGAGACUAUGGACAAGCAGCAAGUGAUCUUCAGAGAUUUAUUACCAUUCGAGAAAAUAGACCUGAUGUUGGGCAGUCCAGUACGCCACGUAGAUCCACCAGCGGCUCAAAAGAGCUAAAGCAGUAUCGCAGGAAAUUAUCCUCAAUGGAAGAAGAAGCAAAGAAAGGAACCACGAUGGAUUUAUACCGGAUACUGGGCGUCAAAGAAUCUGAUUCAGCAGCCGAUAUUAAGAAGGCAUACCGGAAAGCAGCACUGAGACAUCAUCCAGACAAGGCUGGCCAGUUGCUUGCAAGAAGUGAAAGUGGCGAUGGGCUUUGGAAGGAAAUAGUUGAUAAGGUCCAUGUGGAUGCUGACCGACUGUUCAAAAUGAUUGGAGAAGCAUACGCUGUUCUCUCGGACUCAGAUAAGCGAUCAAAGUAUGAUCAUGAAGAGGAUAUCAGAAAGUUGUCCAAAGAAAAUCAGGGGAACAGCUCUAACAGAAGAACUGCUGACCACAGCAGCUCCACAUACAGCUCUCCUUUCAGCUCUGCAUACACUCCAUUCGGGAAGAGCGAGUAUCGACGGAGUAACAGACAACAAGACUCUUGGAGGACAUAUGGUUAUUCAUAUUCUCGAUGGUAGACCAUCAUUGUCCCCAACUGAAAGAGCAAGCAUUAAUCAUUUUUCACCAAUGUGUGGUUGACUCGGAAUUGCUCACGGCAAACCAGGCAUCUAAGCGUUGGGUUUUGUGCAUCUUGGUUCGAUCAGAAUAUGAGACGACCCCCUCAAUAAUCUGAAUUCACACACUGCAUUGCAGUCAGGAAGAGGAUGAUUGAAGGUUCAGGACUUUAGGUGCAUUAACAAAAAGAAUGCAGAGAAAAGCAUAAGCAGGCUACUGUUUAUUAUGAGGGAAGAGUUUGUGCUCGAAUGCUUUCUGUAUCUUGUAUAACCUCAUUUUGGACAAAACAUAUUCUCGAUUAGUUAUCGAUAUGCGAUUAAUAAUACUUGAUGAGCAGC